AUGUCGACGCGAUUUGAGCCCUCGACGAUCAAGAACAAGAUAAAACGGGAGGAGAUUGCCAAGAAGGCGAAGAAGGCAAAGUCGCAAGAUAAACUGCAAAAACGACUAGCUCGAGCCAAACUGGAGGCUGAGGAUCCUGCUGCCAAAAAAAAACGACUAGCGGAGAAUGUACCUCGAACACUCGACAACAUGCGAGAAUUUGACCCAUCGUUUCUUACCGCGGACCCAUCUUCAUCUUCGACACAAGAGCAGAUAGCUGAAGACAUGGCAGCAGACCCAUUUGCUUCUUACUUCUCUGGAGAGACAGACCCAAGAGCUCCGCCAAAAAUUCUGAUAACAACGUCGCCCAAAGCGUCCAAAUCGACAUAUGACUUUUGUGACGAGUUGGUCGGGAUAUUCCCUGGAGCAGAGUUCAUUCGUCGGAAGAAGGGCAAAGGGUUCGAGAUGGGGAGGAUAGCGGGCUGGGCGGCAGGGAGAGGAUAUAAACAUAUGUGUGUGGUGAAUGAAGAUCAAAAGAAGCCAAAUGCUAUAACUCUCAUCCAUCUUCCAAACGGACCCACUGCGUAUUUCAAACUGACCUCUGUGCAGCUAACAAAACAAAUCUAUGGCCAUGCCAGAGCAACCCCACACGACCCCGAACUGGUCCUCAAUGGAUUUGUAACCCGACUAGGUCAUGCUGUCGGUCGGAUGUUCCAAACUCUCUUCCCGCCUCUGCCUGAAUUUCAGGGCCGACAAGUCGUCACACUUCACAACCAGCGCGAUUUUCUAUUCUUUAGGCGCCAUCGAUACGCGUUCCGCUCGACUGAGAAGGUCGCGCUGCAGGAGAUUGGGCCACGGUUCACGCUCAAACUACGAUCAUUACGCAAAGGAAUACCUGCCGUCCAGCAAUUUGGCAAGGCUCCCGAGCCUCUCUCGAUUGAGGUGGGCAACAAGGAGGGAGGCGAGGAGGAUACGCCGGAGCAAGAAGAUGAGCCAGAAAUAACGGAAUCUACGCCACCUCUGGAACCACCGGUGCCAACACCUGUCGUCCCACCGCAGACAGACGAAUUUCUGUGGCAGUGGAAGCCGGAGCUAGAAACGACGAGAAAAACGUUCUUCUUGUAA